AUGAAUUUGACACCCAGGGAAAGCAAUGUGACAGGAGCUGUGAAUUACAGGGACACGUUUGUUAUGGCUGUCUGUAAGAAUGUGAUUGUUGUCGUCCUGGGCAUCGCCAUCAACUACAUCAACGCCACAAUGGUCCACACAUUCAACAGGCAUCAUAUCUUCAAGAUGAACCCUCGCUUUAUCCUUUUCAUCCACCUGGUGGUCAACAACAUCAUCCAGCUGACAACCAGCAUCACUCUCUGCAUCUUCACCUACACCUUCCACACAAUCCACGUCUCCCUCUGCUGCCUCUUCAUCCUGCCGGCCAUUUUGACCACACAAAACUACCCUCUCAACUUAGCCUUCAUGGCAGCAGAGUGCUACGUCGCCGUCUGCAUUCCUCUCCGCUACAACCACAUCUGCACGGUCAAACGAACAUAUAUUGUGAUCGGCAUAGUGUGGACGUUGAGUUCACUGUCCGUCCUGCCGGAUGUCUUUAUCCUUUUGGCCACUGAGCCUCCAGAGUUCUUAAAUUCAAGAGUGCUUUGCCUGAGGGACACUGUGUUCAGAAACACCUACAGUUUAAAGAAGAGGGAUGCAUCUCACAUACUGUUUCUGGUGGCGGUUUGGCUCACUUUGUUCUACACUUACUUUAGAAUUUUGUUUGUGGCCAAAGCUGCUGAUGCAGACGCCAAAAAGGCGAGAAACACGAUCAUCCUUCAUGGCUUUCAGGUGCUGCUCUGUAUGAUGGUCUACGUGGAACCUAUGUUAAGGCAAGUGCUCAUAUACAUGUUCCCAAGAGGCGUGGUGGCCAUAAACUUUGUCAUCUUUAUCAUAAACCAAAUCCUCCCUCGCUUUCUUAGUCCUAUUGUCUACGGUGUGCGAGAGAAGACUUUCAGGAAGUACAUCCAAAAGUAUCUGUGCACAGUGAACUGCCAUUCAAAUACGACACAUCUCAAAAAGUGA